AUGAACAUGAACAUGGAUCCCAACACCAUGAGCCCGUGGUUUACGUCACAGGAUGGGGCGUUCCCGCCUACAAAUGCGCCAACACAUCGCCCUAUCAACAACAGUGGUGGUCCAGGCUUUACUGCGGCGAUGUCAGGGUCCAGCGGACUUAGCGGCACGGUGGGCUCGUCGUCGGGGUAUUAUGAGGACGGGGACGACGAAAAUGAAUUUGCGGACGAGCCACCGCUUUUGGAAGAGUUGGGGAUCAAUUUUGAGCACAUUUGGGCCAAAACGGUGUCCGUGCUGCUCCCAACGAAGCAGAUCAACGAGCACAUUCUGGAUGAUGCCGACUUGGCAGGACCGCUGGUCUUUUGUUUCCUCUUUGGCACAUGUUUGCUAUUGGCUGCAAAGGUUCACUUUGGCUACAUCUACGGGUUCGGCGUCCUCUCAUGCAUGUUCAUGUACAUGCUGAUGAAUCUGCUGUCCCCGGAACGGACGAUCGACAUUUACCGAGUGUGCUCAGUGCUGGGCUACUGCUUGCUACCGAUCAUCGGUCUCGCAGCGAUCAACAUUGUGGUCUCGGUGAAAGACCUGGGCAUUGCAGGCUUCGUGCUAGCCAGCGUGUGCACACUCUGGAGCACACACACGGCGUCGCGUUUUUUCGAGAAGGCGCUCUACAUGACGGAGCAAAAGUAUCUUGUCAUGUACCCGACCAUGCUGGUGUAUGCUUGUUUCGUGCUCAUCGCUGUAUUCUAA